GCUGCAGAUUUCCUCUUCACAGGGACAUUUUUUCAUACUAAUACUGAAUACAUCUUAAAGCAGUAAAAAGCGAAAAACAAACCUCCCCCAGAGGAAGUGGCAGUUUUUAAUCUGACUGCAAAUCGAGUUUGUUUCCUUAGUGACAAACCAGAAGCAACAACUUACUUUCACACUCUGGUUUGUACUGAGAGCGGGAACUGCCAUGGAUGAGCUUGAUUUGCUGUUAGAGGAGCUGGCUCUGAGUUCAACAGCUUCAGACAAUGUCCAAGAAAACAGAAACAAGAAUACAACUGAUGGGAAGGCUCCAGGGGCACUUUUUCUCGGACUUAAGACAAAAGAAAACAACUCUGCCUACUCAAACGUCCACAGUGAUUUUCCAGGUCCUGUGGCAGCUUCACAGAAUCCUGACUCACCCACUGAGGAGCUGAACUUUAUCCUGCAGGAUAUGAUGGAUCUAGCACGAGGGGAUCCAGAACCUUCAUCAACCCCACCGCCGUUGACACAAAAACGGUCUGGGAUAAAGAAAGGAGAUGGACAACAGAAGGAAAAGGAGGGCAGCACCAACUGCAGCCCAUCUGGCUCGCACGCAACAGCCUCGACUAAGACACAAAAAACAGAUACUAUAGAUGACCUGCUGGGAGGGCUGAGCUCUGACUUGGAGAAGAUUGGUGUACGCACCACUGCUAAGGGUCACUGUGCUUCCUGUAACAAAAGCAUUGUGGGAAAGAUGAUCACAGCACUGGGUGAAGUGUGGCACCCCGAACACUUUGUGUGUGUGGAGUGUAAGACGGAGCUGAGCACUACCGGCUUCUUCGAGAGAGAGGGACGACCGUACUGUCACAAAGACUACCAUCAGCUCUUCUCGCCACGUUGUGCUUAUUGCAAGGGGGCCAUCGUAACGAAAAUCUUGACAGCUCUUGACCAGACCUGGCAUCCCGAGCACUUUUUCUGUACACACUGCGGAGGCCUGUUUGGGCAAGAAGGUUUCUUGGAGAAGGAUGGGAAGCCCUAUUGUUCGAAGGACUUCUACCAGCUCUUUGCUCCCAAGUGCUCAGGUUGUGGGGAGUCGGUGAAGGAGAACUACCUGACUGCUGCCAAUGGCACCUGGCAUCCAGAGUGCUUCGUCUGUGCGGACUGUCUGCAGCCCUUCACCAGUGGCUGUUUCAUGGAGCUGGAUGGUCGACCUCUCUGCUCUCUGCACUUUCACUCCAGGCAGGGCACUCUGUGUGGCGGCUGUGGCGAGCCUAUCACGGGCCGCUGCAUCUCCGCCCUCGAUCGCAAGUUUCACCCCGAGCACUUUGUGUGCGCCUUCUGUCUGCGGCAGCUCAGCCAGGGCAUCUUUAAGGAGCAGAAAGGGAAGCCGUACUGUUCGGCUUGCUUUGACAAGCUGUUUUUGUGAGACCGUUACAGGAAGUGGCACAUAUGUAAUGUAGCUGACACCACUGCCAUUGCUGUUGAUAUUAAUUAGUCAUACAAGUAUGAUUGAAGAAUCAGACUGUUUUAACAAAACAUCACAUUGCAAACCUUUCAUUCACUUUUUGCAGUGUAACUUGGCUACAAGUGAUUUUGGUCACUGAUACAAUGAAUGAAGGGAACUAAUAUAAUGGCAAAGAAAGUUCUAAAUCUUGAAGACGUUAUGCUGAAAUAUUAGAGGAAGUGUGUUUUUCUUUUUAGGGGACAUGGUUGUAGACCACACAGAAAUAUUUCCUAUAUAAAAAAACAACAAAAAAAAGACAUAUGGGAACUUUGAUUGGGUCUAAAAGGUGUUCCUCUUUCACUUGAUCUAAAUUUUAUAGGACUUCACACACCAUGAUCACAUGAUAUUUACAAAUGAAGGAAGAAAAACACAGAAGUUCUGUUUUAAGUCCAUGGUUUCCAUAAAGCUAUUCUCAGUUUGCCAUAAAACUUGGCAGUCAGGAGUUACUCUUUCACAGUUUGCCAAGGGGUCUGUCAAUGCGGCCUGAUGGUUUGUAUUGGCAGUGACCAGUAAGCAACUGACAUGCCAGCCUGAGUUUCCUUUUCCUCUGACUGACCACUUGAGCCCCUGGCAAGCACUGGAUUCCUCUUCAUUCUCCACACAGGCUCCUUUAUGGCUACCUAUGCAAGAUUAAUGAAUGUGUUGAGGUUAACAAAGGUAGUUUCAAAGAGAGCUCCCUCACAUCCUUACCUCUCUUCAGGCACUCCAUUUGACUGUUGAAGGAUGAGUGAACCGCAAAGUGUUUUAAUGCCUCAGUGGUUGCUAGCACAUUUAGACUCAUUUUGUUAAGGUUCGACAUUUUUUAUUUCACCAAUUACUAAUAGGGAGGAUGAUAUGUGAAUGUGAGAUGUUUGUACUGCUGUUCUUUUUGUGAAAAGGUUUCAUUCAUGUAAAUGUGCAGAUUUGUUUGAAUAUUUUAUACAGUCAGUCUUAACAAGAUCAAAAUGUUGUCCUUUGCUCUCUUUUCUAAACUGCAUUGACUGUAGAUAUCUAACCUUCUUCAAAGGCUGAAUAUUAUUCUACAGUUGCAUUGUGGGUUUUUUGAAGUUAUAUAUACAGUACAGACCAAAAGUUUGGACACACU